CCGGCCCGGGAGCCCGGUCCGAGAGCAGCGGCGGCGGCAGCCGGAGGGACGAUGAGCGGUGCGGCGCGGGCGGGCCCGGCCCGGCUCGCCGCGCUCGCGCUGCUGACCUGCAGCCUGUGGCCGGCGCGGGCAGACAACGCGAGCCAGGAGUACUACACGGCGCUCAUCAACGUGACGGUGCAGGAGCCCGGCCGCGGCGCCCCGCUCACAUUCCGCAUCGACCGCGGGCGCUACGGGCUCGACUCGCCCAAGGCCGAGGUCCGCGGUCAGGUGCUGGCGCCGCUGCCCAUCCACGGAGUUGCUGAUCAUCUGGGCUGUGAUCCUCAAACACGGUUCUUUGUCCCUCCUAACAUCAAACAGUGGAUUGCCUUGCUGCAGAGGGGAAAUUGCACCUUUAAAGAGAAAAUAUCACGGGCUGCUUUCCACAAUGCAGUUGCUGUAGUCAUCUACAAUAAUAAAUCCAAAGAGGAGCCAGUCACCAUGACUCAUCCAGGCACUGGAGAUAUUAUUGCUGUCAUGAUUACAGAAUUGAGGGGUAAGGAUAUUUUGAGUUACCUGGAGAAAAACAUCUCUGUACAAAUGACAAUAGCAGUUGGAACUCGAAUGCCGCCAAAGAACUUCAGCCGUGGUUCUCUAGUCUUCGUGUCAAUAUCCUUUAUUGUUUUGAUGAUUAUUUCUUCAGCAUGGCUUAUAUUCUACUUCAUUCAGAAGAUCAGGUACACAAAUGCCCGGGACAGGAACCAGCGUCGUCUUGGAGAUGCAGCCAAGAAAGCCAUCAGCAAAUUAACAACCAGAACAGUGAAAAAGGGUGAUAAGGAAACAGACCCAGACUUUGAUCAUUGUGCAGUCUGCAUAGAAAGCUAUAAACAGAAUGAUGUUGUCCGGAUUCUCCCCUGCAAGCAUGUUUUCCACAAAUCCUGCGUGGAUCCCUGGCUUAGUGAACAUUGUACCUGUCCUAUGUGCAAACUUAAUAUUUUGAAGGCCCUGGGAAUUGUGCCAAAUUUGCCAUGUACUGAUAACGUAGCAUUUGAUAUGGAAAGGCUCACCAGAACCCAAGCAGUUAACCGAAGAUCAGCCCUAGGUGACCUCGCCAGUGACAACUCCCUUGGCCUCGAGCCACUUCGAACUUCGGGGAUCUCGCCUCUUCCUCAGGAUGGGGAUCUCACUCCUAGAACAGGAGAGAUCAACAUCGCAGUAACAAGCGGUCACUUCUUUCAUCGGAACUCUCUGUCCCCUCGGAGCCUGGUGUAUGAAAGUGAAUUCUCCACAAUCGAACCUUCUUUGGACAUGUAUGAUGAGAACAAAACCUGAUUUUUAAAAAUGGGCUGUCACCUCUUUUGUGAUUUGAUUUAUGAUCACCUUUCUUAUUUUGUAUUCUUCUGUCAGUGUCCAUUUUGGAAGAAUGGCAGUGCUUUCCAAGCACAGGUUGGGGCUUAGGGUUAAAUUGCCAAGUUCCCCCAAGGUGAGGCUUUGAGGACAACGUUAUUGCCCAGGUAGCCUCAUGGCACCGAAAACCUACCCAAAGCUAGCCACUGAGUAUGGGCCCCAGCAAGCCUGGCUGUUUCCAGAGAAGAGGCGGGGCCCAGGGGUUAAUGUUGCAUUGCCAACGUGUCUCUGAAUAAUCACAUGCUAUUCUGUGUUGGGGUGCCGCUGGGGGUUUUUAAAUACCUUUUGUGCCCCCCACUUAUAAUGCAUACUAAAGCCUGCAGGCACUGCUUCUUACUGAUGUAGGGCACAAGUUGCUGCUCCUUGGCCCCCUCUGUAUUUUCCUGUCUCUUACUUUACUUCCUGUUAAAGGACCUCUUUCUAAAGGUUCCUAAGAGAAAGCCUUGCCUUUUGUCCCUCCUCUGAGACUGACCCAGCGCACUGCAGUGGAGCUGCAGGCUGUGCAGGAUGGGCAGUUGUCUGUGUUGUUGCCAGCGUCCCUCAUAGAGCAUGACAUAAGGUGACAAGUGCUUAUGUGACCACUGAAACACUGAAGGCCCUGUCCCUGAGGCCAGUGGACUUGUCUUCUUGGCAACUGCUGAGGUGUAUGGGGAGAUAGUGCCCAGGAGGCCAGCUGGGCAUGGUGAUCCCCAGGUGACGGCCAGUGGUUGUCAAAAUCAGAAUGUUCUGAGUGCUUUCUUGAGAAAACCAAACCACCUCCUUGCUGUUAGAUACCAUAUAAGCACCCGUCUUCAGUCUUCACACAUCCAGCCCAGUCCCCUCCCACCAGCCUCAGCUUCAGCAUGAAGCAGGCACAGGAGCUUACAGGAAAGCCUUGGUAGCCAGCGUGGCAGACAUGAGGGACACACAUGCUCUUCCCACAUGCCUGGGAUGACGUCAAGUUAACAUCGCAAGAAACAUGUAUCUUAAGAGUAAUCCCAACACAGAACCACAGUGAGUAAAUUUAUAAAAAUUACGCAUCCUUUUUGCUUAAGGACACAUCAUAGUUCAGCCUGUUUCUCCCAUCGAUAUAAGCUAUGGAGAGAUGUAAAUGUAAAUCCUCACAUCCUUGUAUGAGAGUGGAAACUUCAGUUCCAUAUGCCUAGAUCCAGCAGCAAGCCAUGCAGAGUUGCCCUGUGAUUUGUAUUGACUCUGUAGGACAGAGUUUGAAGUGAACACUUGCCAUUUUUCGUGUGCAGCUGGCUUCUCCUCUUGUGAUGUGUUGCUAAGAUGCCUCAGACACAGUUGUGCCUGGAACAAAACCCCUCAGAGAACCAGGGAGUGACAUCACCUCCGAGUGACCAGCAGCAUGUUAUUAUCAUUUGAGGCUGGAACAGUGCAGAGUUUUAAGGUUGUAGCAGCUUUUUCUUUUUACCUUUAACCAAGGGCUUUUGUUUGGUUUUCCUUUGUACUAUAGUCUUUGUACUGUAAAAAUAUUUUUGAUAAACAGUUCCAAGAGAACACUAUUCAGAAAGACAGGUUUGUCCCACUGGCUUUACAGUGAGAGAAUAUGUCUCAAGGAGAUUAGAACUCAGUCUGCCAGAGGUUCCAGACACUCACCUGCGUUUAUCUUUGGUUUGGCUCACCUGACAGAGAAAAUGGCUUAGUUCUGACUAUGUCGACCCUACCAUGACCUUGUUUUCCUGAACCAGAACUCAGAUCCGAAUGGAGUGUUUUCUUCUGAUUAGUAAAAUCUUAUAAAAGCAUAUACAGGGGCUUCCCUGGUGGCGCAGUGGUUAAGAAUGCACCCGCCAAUGCAGUGGGCACGGGUUUGAGCCCUGGGCUGGGAAGAUCCCACAUGCCACAGAGCAACUAAGCCCGUGCGCCACAACUACUGAGCCCACGCACCUAGAGCCCGCGAGCCACAACUACUGAGCCCGCUUGCCACAACUACUGAAGCCCGCGUGCCUAGAGCCCGUGCUCCACAACAAGAGAAGCCACUGCAAUGAGAAGCCUGCGCACCACAAUGAAGAGUAGCCCCCGCUCGCCGCAACUAGAGAAAGCCCAGGCGCAGCAACGAAGACCCAAGGCAGCCAUAAAUAAAUAAAUAAAACAAAUACUACAUUUCAUAUAUAUUUUAAAAAAAAAGCAUAUACAUUAAAUUUCACUCCAGAUAUUACUGAAAAGAAAUGAAAUUACUUGAGAUGAAAUUAAAUAUUCAGGUGCCUAAAAGUCCACCUAUUAAUAUAAUAUUUGAAUUUCUGGUAAAUCUAGGCACACAUUCACUGUCAAAUAACCAAGGAGGCAUUUCUGACAGGGGAAUUCUCUCAGCAUAGUGCUUUAGAUCCCAGCUCAACACCCUUUUCCUAAAAAUUGGGGCCACUUUCCUGCUCAGCUAGAGAAUGUCCUGCCUUUGUCAGGAGAGGCAGUAACUUCUCUGGGGAGGUCAUAUACUCCAGGAAUAGCGAGGGUAGCAUUUUUCAUCCCAAACAACAGAGCUUUGCUGUCUGCUGAGCCGAGGGGAAAGCCUCGGCCCAGCCGCCCCCAGGACCCUGGCAGGGGAUAGGGCACCAGGGCUGCUUGUCCUGUGAGCUUUGUGAGAAGGAACUUCUCACCGUGGGCAGUCCUGCCCGUGAGAAGCUUGCGGUGCGGGGAGCCGAGUGCCUUGGCCAUGUGGCAAAGUUGGGGUGUGGAGAGGUGCUUCUGCCCUGUAUGAGUAUCUCAGUUGUUGCAAGUCUUCCGGCUGCAGUGAUCAUUAGCCAGGAAUAAUAUGAUAACCUCUGAUUGUUUUUUGUAGGCUUUGGGGGGAAGGGGGUGGGGAGUACUAUUUGAAGAGUGGAAGGGGCAGAGGAGUGAGCUUCUUACACCAUAAACCCUCUGUCCCUCCAGUGGACUGCUCUGAGCUGGGCCUGACUCCAGCCUCUUCCUCCUGGCAAGGCCUCUACCUUGUCUCCAAGCUGAGCUGGGUACAGAACCAGCAGGCACCACAGGACGAGGGUGGAGCAGGGUCCGGAGCAGCCAGAACCGUCAGCUGAUCUGCGAGGAAUUCGGUUGUGACAGUUAAAAUGCAAACGCUUACAAUUUGGUGAUUUUUAACUUCCUAAGGGAAGAACUGCCCAUAGCCCUCCUUUCCUGUUAUUUUCAGGAGAGCAGAGAGGCGGCUGGCCAGAUAACAGCCAAACUGUCCGCAGUACAAGGGUCGGGCUUGGUGGUGUGAGUGGGCAGCAUGUCUGUCCAGGGCUGCCUGCCUCUACCCCCUCAGGGGAAGACACGUUCCACCACCAGGUGGUUAAUACCCCCUGACAAAGUCUGGUGAGUCCCACUUUUGAAGAAAGGCUCCAUCUCCUGGUCCCUCCUCAGCCCUGUCUCAGAGGAACAUCAUGAAGCACUUCCCUGAACACCGGUUUGAACUGAUGCAUGCAACAGCCUAGCUUCCGAAAGAUGCGGCCGCAAAGGGUUUAAGCAAAAUAGGAUUACUAAAUUUGACUAACUUGAUAUUUCCUGUGGACUUCAUAAGCUCUUCUCCUAUUUUUAUUAUCCCUCACAUCCAGUUCUUUCCUUGAUCUACAUGUUAAAUGAAACUGGUUUUAAUUGAAGAAAAAUCAAAAUGUUAUCUUGCUUGCUGUUCACCUUUAUUAUCUAGGCAGUGGUUCUGCUGUAGGAAAACAAGGAGAUGGUGUUAAUGUCAGGUCACCUUGACAAUGGUUGCUGCUCAUAAAUGUCGUGAAACAAAAGCACUAUUUCCAGGAAGCAGCAUUUAGAAGGAAAAAGGUAGUAAGUUCUCACUAUGUACCAAACACACAUACAGGGAGUUAAGUUGAAUCCAGUGAUUAUUAAAAUUUUAGCUGUUAUGGGAACUGGCACAUUAACAACCAACUGGGAUAUAAGCCCAAAUGAAAUGAUGGUGAAUGGUGAAGAGGGGGUUUCAGGGCAUAGAUGGAAGGGCACGGUGCAGCACAGGGACCCCACCAACAGGACCUGUGGUUGCCGAGGAUGCUACACCCCCAGUGAAGACAGGCCAAGAGAAGCUGAGACCAGCAAGGCCGUGGGUUUCACCUCCUGGGCAGGGACGGCUUUGCUAUGGGGAGGGCCCAAACCUCUGUUUUGGAAAGAGAGGGAGAUGGGGUCAGGGUGAGCUGGGUAGGCCCUGCAAUGCCUGAGUGCUGGGGUCUGACAGUGGGAAAGGAGGGAGCCAUGAGAUUGAAGAGGAAGCCCAGGCGCCAGUCUUGGUGACCCAGUGGUUGUUGGUGGGACACAGGGAGAGAGAGCCCUUGUGGGGACACUUUAGAUCUGGGGGCUGGCAGGACCUCUAGGGGAGGCACAGAGAUGUAACCUUGGAUCUCAGGCAGUGGUUUGGUGAGGCCCCUCUGUGCCUCAGAAUCCUGGGAAGCUGUGUUUUAAAUGUACAUGUCACCUACACCUACCAAAGUAGUCUCCAUGUAAUCCAGUCCCUCAGGUGCCCCAAAUCUCUCCCUCUCCCCCCUCCCACACACACUCACUGGAGUUAGAAUCUCCCAGAGUGGGUGUCCAGCCAGGCCUGGGGUUCCUAAGCGAAGUUCAGAUGAUGAUGGAAAUCAGAAUGGGGUGAAAACUGCCCAGUGAUUUGAGAAACAGGCUUGGGAUAAAGCCCUGGGUACACUGAUAUUUAAGGACAGAAGGGGCUAUAGACAGCAACUGAUUUAGAAAAACCACUGAGUGUAACUUCCCUAUUCAAGAAAAGUGGUGUUCACCUCACUGCCAUGCCAGGAGCAGCCUCACUCAUGCCCAGAGAUGGGGUUUGGAGUUAUUAAACUCAGCAUUCACUCCCAACUCCACAUACGGGAGUCGACACCCACAGCUUAAAAUAAGUGUCUCUUCCCUGUUAAAGGCAAUUGUUACAAGUGGGAUGCAUCUAGUGUUGCCUUUUCUUUUGGCUUUGUUGGUAAAUCAUUCCAAAGUCCAUUUGGAAAAGGAAGAAAUGAAUGUCGAGUAUACAGGUUCAUUUGACAUCUGUAGAUGGUUAAGAUCCUUUCAGCAGGACUGGAAAAUGCCUUAAAGAUUUUGCUUCAUAACAUCAGAGAAAAUUCAGAAAGAAGGAUACAGAAGUAAGGUGCCUGUGUUUCCUUCGUGGAACUGUGCUUUUUUUUUUUACUGUCCUGCAAAGCAGCAGGAAAAGCAAAGCAUGGCAGUUCCCACAACCAGGGAGAAGGGUUUCUCCCACAGGGGCCGUGUCCCCAACUGGCCAGGUUCUAUCACUCCUCUGGGAGUCAAGUCAGGAGGUUUGCCCUCUUUCUUGGGGGUGCCCUGAAAGAUCCCAAAAGACUGAGCCUUGAAGAAGAGAGUCCAGUGGGUCCUCACCAGACAUAGGGUAAAAGCAGUCACCUGUGUUCUCCAGAGCUGCGUCCCACCAGCCUUCAGUGACCACAGAGGGGAGGCGAUGCCAACGGUCUCGACUGCUAAAAGGACACGUCUGCCCAAGACUUGGUUCUAAUGGUCUCACAAGGCCCUGGUGGGGGGGCCCAGUCCGUAACCUGGGACUUAUCUGGGGUUUUGCCUCUUGCAGUUCCACCAUAGCUCAAGCCAUUUUUUUCUUCACUCUGACUUGGGGAAGAGGGAAGAUAAUUUAUGACAAACAAAAAACAGAGAAACGUUGAACUUCAUACAAACUUGAGAAUUAAAGUUUCAUAAGGAUUCAGUGCAGUUGGAGUCACUCAGACCUGUCCCAGGCUUUCCUGGUCCCUCCCACUGACUCUUCCACAUACACAUACACAAAAAAAUGGAGGUUUGAAGUGACACAGACCCAGUUUGGCAGCCUGAAAGGAGUGACUUUCUCAGAAACAACAGGCCUGGGGAAGCAUUGCUGGUGGCUCAGAGGCAGCUGCCAGAGCAUGCAUGCUCAAGCCAAGGCUGGCAUCCAGCUCAGCUGUAAACACCUUUACAAACCACACACAUUCUUCUGUGGAAAAGCCAAGAGCUGGAGGAUGUCAUUAGCACAUUCUUCUCAGCUGCAGUGGGCCCUUGAUCCCCUGGGACACAGCUUCUAGGGUCCCCCCCUCGUUUAAUGCUGGGCUGAAACGGCUUAUUUGUCACCAGUCCAUUUGGGCAGGUGUGUGUGUAAGGAAGGGUCAUGCCGGACAUCUGGCAAGUCUGACUGGCCUUCAUCAGCUCCUUAUCCCUCAGCUGAUUAUCACCCUCUCUCUCCAGCUCUCUUUACAGCUAUUAGUUACAGAUGAAUGUUCUGAGCUAUUUUUUACAAAUUUAACCCAACACAAAGUGAACUCUAAUUUGCUCUUAGAAUUAUCCUUCAUCCAUAAUUUGGUCCAAGGAUAUUUACACUAUGUGAUAUUAAAGGAGUUUUCUAGUGACUCGGAGGUACUGAGCCAAGAUGUUUGUGGAAUACAAAAGAUGUGGGAUAGGUAAACUAUCACACCUCAGGCCAUAUCUUUCCCAGGUGAGUAAGCUGUUCCUAAGCAGAAAGGCUAACUGCCUACUGCUUACUGCCACUGCAUCCCACGUGGACCAGGUCAGUAGGUGCGGCCCGUGCCAGAGUCCUAGCUCCUUUGCUGGGUGCCCAGCCUGAGAUGACAUGUGCCAUCCUAGAGAGAAGUGGAGAGGGCACUAUGUCUGUUCAUCCCCUAGAAGCCCAGGGCUGUCUUGCUGACCCAGCUGGAUGAGGGGUACCCUCGGACCAUGCUUGGGGCCAGAAUCUGGUGUCUUAAGCUGAGAAUGGAAAGCAGGGUCUAAUUCUGAGCAGCAAUGGCUCUGGCUAAGGAAACUUGACCAGUGUGAUUACAGAAACAGGAAAAGACUCCAAGCUAGGACAUGCUAUUUGGAAUAUGGGGAACACCAUCACCUAAUAGAACAAUCCUGUUCCUGUACAAGAGAAGGAGUUGGUCCAAGUCCUAGGCCACAUAUGUCACAAUUGUUUUUUUACCUUCAGUAGCUUUUAUACUCAUAUCAAAGUUACUGCUUUCAUAUUUAGGUCACUCAAAGAGUUCCUCUUACUCUGGGUUCCUGCUAACUAUGCACAACAUCUCAGAGGGUGAGUUACAAAACUAUUUUUCUAACUGUAGCAAAGGUAAUUUGGGGUGGGGGAGGCUUGGGAUAUACCUAAAUGUAGCUAAUGACAUUGUCCACCUUGAGGGAUGAAAGGGAAACUGCACUUAAAUUUAAUUCACCAUUGGAUAGCUCGUGCCGUAAAGAACACACAUCAAAUAUCCAAGAAGCAAAAUUGAUCAUUAGCUUAAUUUGGGAGCUCACUAUAGGGGGGUUACUUUGUCUAGAACACAGGCACCUGCAAGUAGAAUGUGAGCUGACUUCUUGGCAAUCAGAUCUUAGCCCUUUGAAAUGUAUGGUUGAUGUAAGUAUAAUUAAGUAGUAAACUUGUAUGGUAUAUACCUAUAUUCCAAUAGUGUAUACCUGUAUGUGUGGGAUUUGCUAAUAAUAUAACCAUUUCAAUAAAAACCUAUUGAAAAAGA